GAGCCUUGGCUUGGCUUUGAAUAUCUGCGGUGCUGCCUGAAAGAUUGUGAGAUGACAAUAGGGAAAAUGGAGAAUGUGGAGGUCUUCACUUCUGAAGGCAAAGGCAGGGGUCUGAAGGCCACUAAGGAGUUCUGGGCCGCAGAUGUCAUCUUUGCUGAGAGGGCUUAUUCUGCAGUGGUUUUUGACAGCCUCGUUAACUUUGUGUGCCACACCUGCUUCAAGAGGCAGGAGAAGCUCCAUCACUGUGGGCAGUGCAAGUUUGCCCAUUACUGUGACCGCACCUGCCAGAAGGAUGCUUGGCUGAACCACAAAAACGAGUGUUUGGCCAUUAAGAGACAUGGGAAGGUACCCAAUGAAAACAUCAGGCUGGCUGCACGUAUCAUGUGGCGGGUGGAGAGAGAGGGUACUGGGCUCACAGAGGGCUGCCUGGUCUCCGUGGAUGACCUACAGAACCAUGUGGAGAACUUCGGGGAAGAGGAGCAGAAGCAGCUGAGAGUGGACAUGGACACUUUCUUGCAGUACUGGCUGCCCCAGAGCCAGCAGUUCAGCAUGCAGUACAUCUCGCACAUCUUUGGCGUGAUUAACUGCAAUGGCUUCACGCUCAGUGAUCAGAGAGGCCUACAGGCAGUGGGCGUGGGCAUCUUCCCCAACCUGGGUCUGGUGAACCACGACUGCUGGCCCAACUGCACCGUCAUAUUUAACAAUGGCAAUCAUGAGGCAGUGAAAUCCAUGUUUCACACCCAGAUGAGAAUUGAGCUCCGGGCCCUGGGCAAGAUCUCAGAAGGAGAAGAACUGACAGUAUCCUAUAUCGACUUCCUUAAUGUCAGUGAAGAGCGCAGGAAGCAGCUGAAGAAGCAGUACUACUUUGACUGCACUUGUGAGCACUGCCAGAAAGGGCUGAAGGAUGACCUCUUCCUAGGGGUGAAAGAAGACCCAAAGCCCUCUCAGGACUCGGUGAAGGAGAUGACACAGUGCUCUAAGGAUAUACUAGAAAAAAUUGACAAGGCUCGCUCUGAGGGCUUGUACCAUGAGGUUGUGAAAUUAUGCUGGGAGUGCCUGCAGAAGCAGGAGUCAGUGUUUUCUGACACCAAUAUCUACACGCUGAGGAUGCUGAGCAUUGUGUCAGAGGUCCUCUCCUACCUCCAGGCAUUUGAGGAGGCCUCGCACUACGCCAGCAGGAUGGUGGAUGGCUAUAUGAAGCUCUACCACCCCAACAAUGCCCAACUGGGCAUGGCCGUGAUGCGGGCAGGGCUGACCAACUGGCAUGCUGGUAACAUCGAGGUGGGGCACGGUAUGAUCUGCAAAGCCUAUGCUAUUCUCCUGGUGACACACGGGCCCACCCACCCAAUUACCAAGGACUUAGAGGCCAUGCGGGUGCAGACGGAGAUGGAGCUGCGCCUGUUCCGCCAGAACGAGUUCAUGUACCACAAGAUGCGUGAGGCUGCCUUGAACAACCAGCCCAUGCAAGUCAUGGCUGAGCCCAGCAGUGAGCCAGCACCAUCUCUGUUCCAUAAGAAGCAAUGAGGACCUGCGUGGUGGAGGGGGCAUUGUGGCUGGGGGGCCAGGGAGACAUUUUGGAGGGAGUGGGGUUCUGGGGAGACCCUUGACGAGGAAGUCAGAGUAAUGCUCAACCUUGUUGCUAUGGGAAUGCACUGUCCUGUAUUCCCCUGUGUCAUUUUAGUUCAUUUCAACUCAGUUUAAUUCAAUUAACUCAUUCUAUAGCCACACUUAUCCUACAAAUAUUUAUUGGAUAGUGGACCUGAGAGAUAAUGAAGCUCUAAAAAUAGCUGGGGAGGCAAAAUGUAAACAAAGUACUGUGUAAUAACAAAUGCAAUGGUAAACAAUAUGGAGAGAGGGCAGUAGAGGGCAUGGCUGGUGUGUGUGUGAAAUGCAGUGUGGCACAUCACGGAGGGGAUAACAUCUGAGCUGAGGGGGCUGCUCACCGACCUGUGCAGGUAUCUCUGGGGCUGCUCUCACCCAUGGUCUGGAAUAUCCAGGAUUUGGCAGACCGGGAUGGGUGAUGUCCAGUUUCUUUAGGUAGGUGUGGAGUUAUGAAGAAGUGGCUGUGUUGGGCCGUUUAGGCUCUACCCAGAGAAGUGAAACAUCUUCAGAAUGGUGCAUGUGCAGGAUGAGGUGUGGGCUUUGCCCAAGCCACUUGAGGCCUCUGUUUAAAGUCUGGUUUCCAAGUAUUCUGAAACAUUUUCUAAAACACAGAGAGGGAAUAUCUCCUUUCCCCAACCUCACUGCCAAGCCUUGUGAUUCCUUGGGACAAUAUCUGAGAUUUUUCUGGCCAUUGGCCUGUUGGGAUUGAAGAAGUCUUUUAAGGGUGAAGCUGAGGGAGAAACUUGGAAACACAUAUAUCUGAUGAUCUCAGGACCAGCAGAAUUGGCCUUUGUGGGCUUUAUCUGAUUACAUCUUUAUCAGCUUAGACUUCAUUAUUGCCCCUCCCUGCCCCAGUAAAUCUCUAUUCUUAGUAAUGAACAAUUAAGCAAGCCUUGCCUUGCUUAAGUUAUUUUACCAUCCAUGUGCUGGGCCCUGCUCUUCUCACAAGAGGGAACAUCUAAUGUGGACUCUUCACAUCUGGGGUAGGAUCUCUUUGGGGGUGUGACCAAUUGCCUUCAUUUUCUGGGAGACUGCUUGGUUUCCACUCAAGAACAGGAAUUAAUCAAAUUUAGUUGUUCUGUUAUUUUCUGGGAUCCCAAACUUCUCACCAAUGUUUUGGGAGAUCCUGGAGCAGAGCCCUUCAUUUGAGGGUAUCACCAAGUCUUCUCCAACACCUGGGGCUUCCUUUGACUCCAGAACUCUAGCUAACAGGUGAUGCUUCCAGGUCCAAUAUUUGUCAUCUCUGCCUGAAGUGUUAGGUUUACAAGUCCCACUCUUUCAUCUUCAGAAUGACCCAUCACCUCCCUCUGCCCCUGUCCAAAUGGCUCUGCAAAUGCACCAAAGACUUUCUCUAAAAACUUGGCAAGUGUGCCACCUCUUUGCAGAACACCUGUAUUGGCAUUUGGCUCUUCUCUGAGGAUACCUGUUCUCUAGAAGCUUUCAUAGGAAGUCUGACAGUUCUGCCAAGCCCCGUACUGCAGGCUUGGAGGUGGCACCAGCAUUCUCCCAAGGACAAAACUGGCACAGUCAAAUGACCACUCUUCUACUCUCAUAUAAAACCUCCCCCAAGCUGUCUUCCCUCCUUUGUCACUGUUGUCUGGUCAUUCCCCAUAUCAUGGUUCCAUUUUUCAUCUCCUCUUCCUCAUACUUAGCAUCUUCUGUGUCCACUUGACAAAGCAUUUAACCCUCUUGUUUCACAGAUUUUUAAAAUUUACUCAAUUCUAUUGGGUGUCAUCACCCAUCACUUCUCCAUUUUUAAAGUCUAACUUUCUGGUUAUUGCUCCUACCCUUUCUCCUCUCUCAGUCCCUGACUACUGCACCCCAGACUUCUGCACCGCAGACUACUCUAUGAUGUCAUGUGUUUCACCCUCCUCCUGUCUUCACUUCCUUCCAGCUCAGCUGGUCCUCUAUCCCUUCUUCCUUUUUGCGCAUUCUUCCUUCCUGCUUGAUAGAGUCCCAACCCUGAAUUAAUUCAACUGUAUUGUUCUUCCUCUUCUGCACCUGGAGAUGCUGAGUUCAGUUGGGAAAAGAGCAUAGCCUUUCUGAGCACAGGUGCCUCUGUGGGCACCUCCUCUCCAACUUCAGCUGGCUGCUGGGUGCAGCCCAGAAGUGCUUCAUGUACCGCUGAUUGGCUCUCUUUCCCUUUUGUCAAAAGCUAUUUUAGGCCUUCAGCCCUGCUCUCAAAUCCUCGGCUUUCAGCUUCUCACCUCUUGCUUUAUGGAGAAAAUGGAGGCCAGAACAUGGGAUUCCCUUAGUUUCCUCUCCCUACAUUCACACACGUCAUGUCUGCACUCAUCCUUCCCUCCCUAUUCCUUCUCCAUCUGCGCUCUGGACUCCAUCUGCCCUCUACAUCCUUGGGGCCUUGCUUCACCUAUUGCUCCUUCUCCACCCUGGGUCCUUGAUGAUUCUCUGUUCCCUGGCUUCUUUAGUGCAGUCAGCAAACAUGCUGGGGAUAAUCUUCAGUCAAAAUCUUUACAGCUGAGUAUUAUUCUAAAUGAUUUGUCUCUCCUAGUUAUGAUCUUCUUUUCUUCACUUUUCAUAUCUUCCUGAAACCACUGCAGGCUGGCAUCCUGAACUCCACUAAAACAGAUUUUACCAAAGUCAACUCUAGUGAGUACUUUUCAGUCCUUACAUUAUUUGGCAUCUCUGCAUCAGCUGACAGCCCCAGAUCUUGAUUUCUGCAACCCCACUUCCUCAUGACGAUCCUCUGAUGUGCUUACUCAGUCUUCUCUGUCCCUGUUCUCCGCAUGCUCUGACAUGUGGGUAUUUCCUACAGCUGGCUUUGUUUAUUCUGGUUACUCUUAGUUUAUUUUCUUCUCAGUCUGCACACACUCUCUGCAUGAGCUCAGCAGGCCCUUGGUUUGUUCACCACCUUGAGUCUGAUAUUCUUAAAUCCGUAUUUCCCAACAUUGUCCUCGAGCUCCAGCCCCACACACCCCUUUGAAUGUUCUGCAGGCACAUCAAACUCACCACACCCAAAAUAAAACUUUCUCUUUCCUUUCUCCCCUCUCCAACUCUUCCUCCUCAGCACACUACCUGAGAACAACUGACUUCUCCUGCUUCUGUUGGCCUCAGUCAAACCCACUCACUUACAGGUCCUGAGUGAUCCAAGUUCUGUAUUUCUUUGAGUUUUCUAUCUAAAACACCUAAAACCUGCCAACUUUUACUUAUCUUUCAGCAUUCAGUUUGGAAAUCACCCCCUCUGUGAAGCCAUCCCUGAAUGCCUUUGAUUCAGCUGGCUGCCUGUCUGAGUCUCUCCUAUUACCCUAGAAUCCCCCAUUAUAACUCUCUUCGUAUGGCAUUAUAAUAGCCCUUUUAGGUGUCUGCCUCCUCUAUUAGAUCAUGAACUCCUAGAGAACAGGAGCUGUGCCCCUUUAUUCAUCUUUCUAUCCUCAGAACCUAGCACAGGUUCUGAAACAUAGUAGGUGCUCAGUAAAUGUGUUGAAUGAAUGAGUGAAUGAAUAAGUGAAUGAAUUUGCUUAUUUCAGAGCAGAAAAGACAUGAACUGUGUAUUUUGAGUUUUUAUGUUACAGCUGUCAAUAAAGGCCAUUAAAUCCA